AUGUUCAUACCAAAACUUGAAAAUGAUGAAAUAAUUGAUAAUUAUUUAGAUCCAAUUUAUGGACUAUUAACAGAUUCAAUAGAAGAAGAUAGUGAUUCAAGUUCUAUAAGUAAUAAUGAUAAUACAAAUAAAGUUGAAUAUUUAUCCCUAGCAGAUACUACAAAUCUUAUUCAGAAAGUUUGUGCUGCUAUUUACCUUUCUUUAGAUAAAUUAUGGCAAAUACCAAGUGAAAUCUCUUUGCUAGCAACAAUAUUAAACCCACGGCUAAAAAAUUUUCCAUUUUUAAAAAGCUCUGACUAUAUGCAAAAAAUUCAGGCUGAAUCACUUUUGAAAAAUUUAUAUAAUCAAUAUAAACAAGAUAUGAUAAUCUCAAAUCAAGCAGAAAAAACAAUCGAAACAAGUUUAAUUGAGAAUGAAGAUGAUGAUAUAUUUACAGAAAUGUGGAUCAAUAAUAGAUCAGAAAAUAUUGAACAAACUGAAGAAGAGAUUGUACGUUAUUUAAAUUAUCCUGAUAAACCAAAAAAAAUAGAUCCAUUAGAAUGGUGGCAAAAAUAUAAAAUAAAUGCUAGCAAUCACAUCUCAUCAAAACGAACAAGAUUGUCUCCUAAUUUG